CCUUUUUUUUCUUUUCUUCUCUCUCUUUCUCUCACUUCCUUUCGGCCCCUCCGUUGCGCUCGUUGUUCGGUGCAACAGCAAAAUCGCAGCUCGCAAUGCCUUGCGUGCCACCUCCGAUCUCCUGACCCCAAUCCAAUCCGCACCCCCAAUCCAACUCCACUCCAACAAACAAAUCCGUCUCCACCUCCGAUUUUCGGGGACCGUUGCGCUGCCAAUCCGCGUGGGGGGUUGUGGGUUUAACCCGAUCGCUCCGUGGCCUGUCUUCCAAUCCGCCGCCUAGAACUCGCAGCAAUUUGUUACCCAGUUAUACGCGCGACGAAGGGGAAGGAAAAUCUGCGCGGAUUCGUAGCGGCGAAUCGUGUCCUGCUCCGCCUUUUUUAUCGCGAGCGGCCGGAUUUGUUCCGUUCUUCUUCUUUUUUUCCCUCUCCCUGAACGGGCGGCGGCGUACAGGGGAGAGUCCAAGAAUUGGAGGCGCCGCGCCGGCGCUACUAGAAUCCUCUGCCUGGUUCGAACUUGGAAGGGGGAGGCGAGGGAUGGGGUCCCUGCUGUGCUGCCUGCGCUACCCGGAUGCCGGCACGGCGGCGCCGCCCGUCUGCUGCUUCUGCCUGCCAUGGCCUUUCGCUUACCACGGCGUCGACUCGGGCUCUGCUGCUCGUCACAGAGGUGAUACACGGGUCGCUCCUGAUCGUGGAAGGAUUCCUCUUGCAGCUCGCAUCUUUGAAGGACAAGUGGAUUCAAUGGAUACUUUCCGUGCCCCUCCAAGGCCUUUGCCUUAUGAUGAUCCUCGAUUUAGUCCUCCGACGGUGCAACACCCAAUUGUGUCAGAACAUGACAAAGCAUCAACGCAUUUCCAGAAACCUGGACAAAUUACAGAAAGAAAGAAUACUGAUACUGCAUCAACUUGCCAAUCUCAAAAGGUUGAUGGGUCAUCAGUAAAACACCACUCAGGAGGUUCGAGAAUUGAUGGACUACAAGCCUCUGAUUCUUCUGACAGUGAGGAUGACUGUCCGAUAUGCCUAGAAGAAUAUGAUUAUGAGAAUCCAAAGAUUGCAUUGCAGUGCAAGCAUAAUUUUCAUCUUUGUUGCAUUUACGAGUGGAUGGAAAGAAGUCAAGCUUGCCCUGUCUGCGCAAAGGUUAUGUUGUUUAACGAGGAUGAAUGACCCUGCUGAGGUAAUGUCUUCACCGAUGGCAAGUGGAAGACUCGCAGGCUAGAUCCAAUAUGUUGUGUACAUAGCACUGAUGGAAUACAGUCACUAGAUUAUUUGCUGAAACUUCCAGCGUCGUGAAGUUUCAAUUUUUCUUUAUAGAGUAGAGAAUCCUCCCUCACUUUUCUUUUUUGACAAAAUUGAUGGUUUGUGCCAAUUUACAUAUGAUAUUUCAAACUGAUGGGGUCAUUGAUGUUACAUGCUCAAUUAUAUUACAUUUUCAAGAGGUUGAUUA